UCUAAAUCUCUAAAGCCUUUGAUAGGCUUGACCAUAAACUACGAUGGUGUUUCGAAUCGAUUUUUUGAAAACUACUUAGCUUACAGAUAUUUUGACAAUGUAAGUUCUGAAUUUCUCCCUGCUUCAUCAGGUGUACCGCAAGGUUCUGUCCUUGGACCUAUAUUAUUCUUAAUUUUUAUUUCUGAUAUUUAUAUGAUAUACUCCUUCGAUCCUAAAUUAUUCGAUAUUGCUUCAAUUUUUAUCAAUUCAAUUUGGAUUUGGACAACUUAUUUCUAUGUUCUUCUAGGCAUAAUCUUCAAUUUAAUUCAGAGCUUGACUGAAACUGAAACCAGUGUCAGUGAAGCUCUGAAGAAGCCAAAAGGAUGAUUGCCGAAACGUCAGCAAUUUCGACUAAGCAAAAACCGACGCAGGAGGAAUCCAGAAGUUUUGUAAAAUGCAUUACAGUAGCCUGUGGAAGUUUCUUUGAAAAAUUAAGAUUCACUUGUAUAACACAUACAGAAUAUUGGAAAAUAGAGAAUAUACUGGAUAUAACGGUAAUGCUACUGGUUAGUAAUGUGGACGAAGCAUCAUUUUCUGGUAGUUGAAUUACAAGGCAGGGGUGGGCCAGGCAUAUUUCUUUCUUUCUGAUAUAUUUCUUGAGUGUUGCCCAUUUCUGGCAGUGUUGGAUAAUCGUUUUUACUGCCCGUUUCGGAAGAGUUAUUUUACGAGAAUAUAAUAUAAGGUUGUGAAGAAUGUGUGUGGAACUUUAAUCAGUAGGGGACUUAAUAAGAAACUUUAAAAGAAACCUGUUUACUUACAAAAAAGAUAAUAACGUCAAUAAGUGAUAUUGUUAAUAGCGGAGAAUUGAAGAAAAUUAUUAAACGUAGUGAUUUGCAAACUCACCAUAUAAAUAACAGUGAUCAGGACCUAAUAACAAGGGAAAUAUGUUGUCCUUAUCAAAGCGAAAUUGUUUCUACCUUGGAUAACCUGAAAAAGAAGCUAGAAGCGGGUGAAACCAAUAUAAAUAUAUAAGCCGUGUCACCAUCCACAGAGUCGUUUGUAAAUCAAUAGAUCCAUGAUUUACCUUGAUGAAACAUGAUUCCAUACACACGCCACUAACCAAAAAUCCUCGAGAGUCCGUCCCUGCUGUUCAGUCCUUUAAUACCUACCGAGUUUGAUGGCCGGCAGCACGAUAAAGAUUGAGACAGACUAUCAUUAUCUACAGACUAAUCAUUAUCUAUUAUUAAAUAGAAAAUAAAUGAGUCCAUCUUUGAGUAUGAGCCUAUUAGUUAAAUUAAUAAUUGCCAAGUACAACUGAUUCUGUUUCCCUUACUCCCAAGUAAUAUAAUCAUGAUCUAUUUUACUCUGUCUGGCAUUUUAUUACCUACUAUGCCAUCACAAAUCGUGCGGACUAUAAAAAAACGUUACCAUAAAAGUGGACGCCACUGACUAUAAUUUAAUUUCGGUACUUUAAUAAUAUUUGCGAAUAAUUCGACUAAAGAUAAUUUUUAAAAAUGCAAAAACUGUCGAAGCGGUUUUUUAAAUUAAUAAAAACUAGAAAUAAGGAAACGAAGAGUAUCAAAUGUAGGACAGCAAAGCGAACGAGAAAAGAAUUGUAUCGAACACCAGACGGUGCGGACGUCUUGUUAGAGGGAUAACAAAAUAACAAAAUGAAUAUUCGGUAACGGCGUGCAUAAAAAUUAAUGAAAAAAGUGAAGGGGGCGUCUUUGCUCGAAACCUUGGUAAAAUGGUUGUUGCUUACGGUCAGUUACACUGCUGGAUUCUCCUCUCUCAAUUCAUCAUAAUUGAAAUAUUAAAUACCAGUAGUCGGCAACAUCGAGAUUCACGCGCAUAGGGCGGUGCUGGCCACCGCCUCACCUUACCUCUUCGAAUUGUUUUCCACCGAUCAGGAUCAGACGCAGAAACGACUGGAAAACAUCAUCACGUACAAGCUGAACGGGGGCUUCGAUCAGGCUGCUCUCCAGGUUCUAGUCGAUUACGCUUAUACGGCGAAACUGAUCGUGAAAUACUCACAGGUUAAGGCGGUUUUCUUGGCGGCCAACCACCUAAAAAUGGACCGGGUGAAGAAGAUAUGCGCGAACCACCUAAUCAAACACCUCUCGGUCGAAAACUGCGUCGAGAUCCGUUCCUUCCCCGGCAUUUCCAAGAAUAAAGACUUCGUGCAGCAAAUCGACUCGUUUAUCGAGAAAAACUUCAAGGACAUCAGCAAGAGCACCACGCUGCUGAGUCUUUAUUGUGCCAGGAUCGAAGUGCUCAACCAAUCGCGUGAAGAGAUGUCGUUCGUCAAUCAAAAUUCACUGUGUCGACUCGUGCUCGAUUGGAUCAAGCGACAGAUCACCGAGGAUUCGCUCAACAAGGACUCGUUGUCGGAGAAAACCUUCAUGCUGUACCUGGCCAUCGAUAACUCGCUGCAGGAUUGCUCGAGUCUGCCGUCCGGCGACAUCAGCGACACCGAAAUGGUGCAGGACUACAAGAAGAUGUCGCUGAAAAACGUCACCACGUCGACGAAAAUGAAAAAGAAAGCGCUUAGUCAACCGUCGAAGCCCCGAGUGUUGAUUUACAACAGGGAGAUAGGCGACGAAUUCGAAGGGGAGCUCGAACCAGAUUGGAAUCUCAUCGCGAGCGAGUCCGUGGGAGAGCACAGUUUCUUGGCUCUGGUCACGUUGGCAGGCAAACUCGCGACCCUUUCCAUACAGUUAAGGCUAAAUGUACCUCAAACACCUUCCCCCACCCAAACGCCGAACACUAGCAGACCGGCCAGCGAAGAAAAACCGGAUCUUUACUGCGCACUGGCCAAUAUGUCGUCCCAGAGAUGCGCCCACGGUUGCGGCAAUUAUAUGAACACGGUGCUUGUCUGCGGUGGUUACGACAGGGUCGAAUGUCUACGGUCGGUGGAGCAGUACAUUCCUGAGACGAAUAGCUGGAAGAAUUUGCCAUCGAUGAGGGAGAGUCGGGGUCGUUUCAAAAUCGCCGUAUUCGGCGAUAAGGUUUACGCGAUCGGAGGAAGCAACGGUACUACGGAGCUCGAUUCCGUCGAGAUGCUGGACAUGAGCGUCGCCAAGUGGAUCAAAAUGCCUGCGAUGCCCGUUGCCAGGAGCAACAUGGGCGUCUGCGAGUUGAACGGUUUGAUUUAUUGCGUCGGCGGUUGGAACGGCCAAGUGGGUUUGAAACAGUGCGACACCUUCGGCCCCGUUACCCAACGAUGGACUACGAUCGCUUCCCUCAACACAGGUCGUUAUCAGGCGGGCGUGGCGGCUUACAAGAACCUGAUCUACGCGAUCGGCGGUUGCGACGCGUGGAACUGCCUCAGCUCCGUCGAAAUAUACGAUUCGGAAGAAGACUCAUGGAAGGUGGCGCGACCUAUAGUGACCGCUAGACGCGGAUGCGGCGUUGCCGUGUUUAACAACCGCUUGUACGUGGUGGGCGGAUCCGACGGCACCCACUCGCUCAGUUCGACCGAGUACUUCGACGACGAGACGAAAACGUGGUCGGUGGGGCCGAGUAUGACCACUCCAAGGGCCAACGUCGAAGUCACCGUAGUGGGGGAUAGGCUAUACGCAGUAGGUGGAUUUUCAGGUAAAAACUUCCUAAACACGAUCGAAUACUUGGACGCAAAGACGAACGAGUGGACGACGUUCAUUCCGAAAGGCACCUGCGAGGCGAUCGCUCGCAGGAAACCGCGCAGCAGGAGAAACUCGAGGCGGAGCAUAUCGGAAGACAAAAAGACAAACAUUCCCUCGCCAACGGCGGCGGACGGUCCGGAAAAUCCGGUAAUCAUGGAAUCGUCGUAACCGGGCAUACAUAAUAACGUAAAAUAAAUCAAGUAUUAUCUCUCUGAUGUAUUUAAAUGUUCCACGAUUAUUAUUAUAUUUGUAUAUUAACGUUAAGGAAUACGAAAGGAUUAUGUGAGACGGACCCGCCCCUUUUUGGUUACAUUAUUAUUGCGCAAUAAAUCAACUUCAGGAAGGCGUUUCCCCAGCGUUUUUUUUUA